UAGGGGGCCGAGAAUGCUGCAGGCCGGACACGUGGUAGCGAACUACGAGGAGUUUUGAGGGGUCUCAAGGCCAGAAUAAAUCGGAAGGGGUGCAGGAAGGAGAUCCAUUUUCCUCCUGCGGGAAAAAGCAAGCUGCAGAGACGUGCGUACACUGGGGACCUAGAGGAAUCGCUUAGGAUGAAGCUGAAUCUUACCAAGGUAGUUAAUGGCUGUCGCCUAGGAAAAAUAAAAAACCUGGGCAAAACAGGGGACCGCACCAUGGACAUUCCAGCCUGCCUUCUGUACACCAAGACCGGCUCUGCCCCACACCUGACCCAUCAGACACUGCACACUAUCCACGGGGUUCCUGCCAUGGCUCAGCUUACACUGUCCUCAUUGGCAGAACACCAUGAAGUCUUAGCAGAAUAUAAGGAAGGAAUUGGAAAGUUUAUAGGCAUGUCCGAAUCGCUCUUGUACUGUUCCCUGCAUGAUCCGGUCAGCCCCUGCCCAGCUGGUUAUGUCACAAACAAGUCUGUGUCUGUCUGGGGUAUUGGGGGACGAGUAGAAAUGACUGCUUCCAAGUUCAUGGCAAUUCAGCAGGCCCUUCAGCCAGACUGGUUCCAGUGUCUCUCAGAUGGAGAGGCAUCUUUCGAGGAAGCAGCUUCCAUAAAAAGGGCCAGAAAGUCUGUUGAUCGAUCGCUUCUAUUCCUGGAUAAUUGUCUGCGGCUGCAGGAAGAGUCAGAGGUCCUUCAGAAAAGUACCAUCAUCGGAGUGAUUGAAGGUGGAGAUGUGAUGGAGGAGAGACUGAGGUCAGCACGAGAGACGGCCAAGCGUCCCGUAGGUGGCUUCCUUCUGGAUGGCUUUCAAGGGAAUCCGGCAACCUUGGAAACUAGACUGUACUUGCUGUCAUCGGUCACUGCAGAACUGCCGGAGGACAAGCCAAGGCUUAUCUGUGGAGUCAGCCGGCCAGAUGAGGUGCUCGAGUGUAUUGAAAGGGGAGUGGACAUAUUUGAGAGUUUUUUCCCUUAUCAAGUGACAGAGCGGGGAUGUGCCCUGACUUUCAGCUUUGAUUACCACCCGAACCCUGAAGAGACACUAUUACAACAAAAUGGGACACAGGAAGAAAUAAAAUAUGUGGAUCAGACAAAGAAAAUUAAAACAACCAGUUGCAACCAAGAAAUGACAUCAUUUGAAAUUAAUCUGAAGGAAAAAAAGUACCAGGAGGACUUUGAUCCACUUGUGAGAGGGUGUUCCUGUUACUGCUGUAAGAAUCAUACUCGUGCGUACAUCCACCAUCUGCUGGUGACCAACGAACUGUUGGCUGGGGUCCUGCUUAUGAUGCACAACUUUGAGCACUAUUUUGGAUUUUUCCACUCCAUCCGGGAAGCACUAAAAAGCGACAGACUGGCACAGUUGAAAGAGCUCAUCUGCAGGCAAGCAUCUUGAGACCUGGCAUACGCAAGUCUGACUCUUCACACUGAGCCUGUCCCACUGUUAUAAUGUGGGAAGAAGGGAACAAGAGAUGAUCUUAGCUUUAAUCAUUUAUAUUUGAGAAUAACAUCUGCUCAAAUAAGGAACGUUUAUACCAGACUCUGCCCACAUGAGGCAAAAGAGAUUUCUUCUAAGGAUUUAAGUGACCCCCCACUGAUAGAAAAAAUUGAACCAUGACCUUUAAUAUUUCAGUGCUAACUCUUUCAGUCAAUGGAGAUUCAUUUAGUCAAAGACAAAAGCUUUAGUUGUGAAGAGACAGCCUUGAAGCAAGGGUGAUGAGAUUGUGUGGGUUUGCUGAGUUGGAUUAGAGCUUGGAAAGAGAUGAAUGGUCAUGAGAAGCAUGACUUCUGUAGACACAUGGCUGUUGACUGUAAAAGGAACCUGGCUGAUUUAAGAGUUUCCUAGUUUUAAUCCUUAUAUUCUCAGGAGUGUCUUGGACACUUCUGCUUUCCAAUUGCUCACUGCUGCUGUCAGUCAGAAAAGGCUCUUGUGACUUACCCAGACUCGCAUCUUCAUGGAAUACGGGGCUCACUUGAUGCUCCGGUGUUCAGUUGGCCUUCAUUUGACCACAUGACCUGUGUGUGACUUGACUCCCGAGAGCCCAUCCAAUUGCCUGUUAUGAGCUGCAAGUUUGCCUAGAUGCUUUCGUCCAGUAGUGCAGAUCCACGGUGGUCUGCCCUUCAGGCUCAUUAAUAGUCUAAGCACAUAAUAACUAUAGCCCCAUCACUUGGGGAGAUUCAUUCACCAUGUGUUCACUUGGAUGGAGCCCUGGCCUGGCAAUUGGAAGACUGGGUUUCAGCUCUACUCAGCUGUGACACCCGGGCAAAUCACUUAACCUCUCCGUGCCGAUUUCCUCCUGAACAGACAAGGACAGGCAGGGUGGGUAGGACUACAUGAACUUCCAAGAUUCUGUAUAGCUGUAAUGGGCGGGGGGCGGGGGUGGAUAAAAAACUUUAGUCGUAGCCUCCUUGUGUCCUUGUUUACUGAUCACUGUUGGCCUGGUGAAAAAUGCAGUGGUGCCAGGAAUCAGGCAACAGUAGAGAUAUUUGAAAGCCUAGAAAGAGGUUUGGCCUGUGAAUUUUGAAGUGGUUGGUGAAUUGGCACCAGCAGAUCCUGAGGCUGGGAAGACCUUCCUGGAUCACCUCUGAUUCUAUGAAUUUUUUCUGCUCUCACCAAAGAAGUGACAUACAUGUUGAUAGUGUGACAGGUGAUUUUUAUUUUCUUUGGGCUUUUCUAUGUUUGUCAUAUUUUCUGUAAGACUUCAUACAUAAGUUUUUGUAAAAACAACCAACAGAACCAAAAAAUGCCUUUGUUUUUUUUAGGAGCGUGUAAUAUAUGUGUUUUGCAUUCUUA